AUGUUUUCACCAAAUUAUGUCACCAUGGAGGAAAUGCUGCUGCAAGAUGAGGAGCGAGGGAGCAUGGAGUACCAGAUCCUGCUGGCCUACGCCCGGCGGCGCCUGCCUGCCCACCAGUACAGGCAGCUGCUGAGAAACGAGGCUAACGUGCAGAAAUCCUUCAUCAGGAGAAAAGUCAACGUUCACCACCCAUGGGAUGAAGAUGGACCAAGCCACAUGGUCGUUUUGGAAGGUCCUGUGAGAAAACAGCACAGCAAAGAGCAACCAGAAACAACAUACUUGCCAGGCUAUUGCCUACCUAUCCACGGCGUCAGAGUGAAGCGGCAGGGACCUGCCCUGCCACCUUCCUACAGUGUUGAGGCACAAUCUAAAAUCAUUUCUGAAGGGGGUUCUCAGCAUCAGACAAUUUCCCACCCUCCUUCCCAAUCAGGUGGCCCUUCCCAGUCAGCAGAUGUUGACCACAUUGCAGACAAACUUGCUGAGCUUGUUGCUUCCAGAUCCCAGGAAUCUCCUUCAGAUGUGUCACUGGAGACAAAGGACGAAGGCUCAUUUGAGGACCAAGGCAAUAGUGAUCUUACUGAUGGAGGUGAGGGCAAGGAAGAUGAUAUAGAAAGGAUAAUACAAACAAUUGUUUCACUGUUAAGACAAUCAGGGGACAAACUGGAAAAAAAGAUGGAGAAGGACAGGGUUUUGUGCCAGUAUUUUAAAAACAUGCUGUCCUACAACUUCUUCGAGAGGAUCACUAAUUUGUUCCUGGAUGACAUCUCAGCAGAUUCACCAACUGAGCCAGGAGGCCAAGUACAAUGCAGAAAAGUUGCCUUUACAAUGGAAAUUGCCACCAGGCUUAGUGCUGUGGAUAACCAUCCUAUGAACCUGGUCUUAGGCUUUGGAUUAAAGUACCUCAGAGAGCACUUCAGGCCCUGGAUUCAGGCCCAGGGUGGCUGGGAGAAGGCCUUGACUUCACUGGAUCAGGAAGAAGUAGAGUGA